AUUCGGGCCGUGCCCACUCGGUCACCCGUCACCCACCCACCCACCCACCGAGAGAGCGCCUAGCGAAGCAAGGCUUUCGUCGUUGAGCGAGCCGCGAGCGAGAGGGCGAUGGAUGCGGUGGGAGAGAAGAAGGGAGCGACGGCGGCAUCGGACUCGGAGGCGGAGAAGGAGAAGAUGAUGGCGGAGCAGUUUGAGAAGGCAGUGGUGGUAUCGGAGGCAGAGACUGGGAAGGAAAAGGCAGUGGCGCCCUCGGAGGCGGAGAAUGAGAAGAUGGUGGAGGUGCAGCAGGGAGACAAGGCAGUGGCGCCCUUGGAUGCGGGGAAUGUGAAGAUGGUGGAGGGGCAGCAGGGGGGCAAGGGCAAGGCAGUGGCGCCCUCGGACUCGGAGCAGGGAGACAAGGCAGCGGCGGCCUCGGGUGCGGAGAAUGUGCAGCCGCAGGAAGAGAAUGCAGUGGCGGCCUCGGAGGCGGAGAUAGGGGCGGCGGAAGCGAAUGAUGUGACCGGCGGGAGGCUUAUCACCUUGAGGAGCUCGGACGGGGAGGUCCAUCGCGUGUCGGAGGCGGCGGCACGGCUGUCGGGCCUUCUCCGUGGCAUCAUAGAAACCAACGUCACCGUCACAAAAGGAGUCAUACUCCCUACCGUCGACGGGACCACCCUGGUCACGGUGCUGGAGUACUGCAACAAGCACGCCGAGGCCGAGGCCGCCGCCGGAGUCACCACCAGCGCAGUCGACAGAGCCGCGGCGUCCGAGGCCCUCGAGGCUUGGGACCGCGACUUACUCGACCGCCUUUCCGUUCGCGCGCUCUCCAACCUCUUCAACGCCUCCUCCUUCCUCAAAAUUUAUAGGCUCGCCGGCGCCAUCGCCCUGAAGGUCGCCGCCGACCUCGCAAGGGCAAUACCACCGGCAGAGAGCAGACCCAGGUCGCCUCCAAGUCCAACAUCCGAGACGCCUUCAACGUCAACGCCGUCAACGUCGACGCCCUCACCCCGCAGGAACAGGAGCCGAAGGCCGCAGAGAUGAGUCAGAAGUACAGCUGGGACUUCGAUCCACGAGCCUGAUAGCCUCACAGUUCGUUUCAUGCUGCUCUAACCAUCUCACCGCAUCUGCCGGCCUAGCGGAAGGUUCCCCGUGUUCUACUUCCUCCCUUUCUUUUCAUGCCCAUCGUAGUCGUCGUAGAGGUUUGCUUCGUAGCAACUGUGUCUCGCGUCCGGGUUCUGAUCUGCUCGAUGCCCAUCGUAGUCGUAGAGGGUUGAUUCGUAGCAGUUGUCUCGCGUCUAUAGGCUUCUCAUAAGCUUGGUCGUCUAAGUACUCGCUUGGCAUUUUCAUUUCGCCCUGUUGAAUGUCCUUUGGAAGUCUGAAGAACUGCUUGUCUCAAACGAAUACAUAUCAGAUAUUACAUCC